AUGGGACCUGGAGAGAUUCCCUCUGAGGCAACCUCUGGAGAAGUCUCAGACGAGGACGAUAGAAAUCUCGUCACCUGGGACGGAGCCGACGAUCCGCAAAAUCCUAUGAACUGGCCCGAUUCUAGAAAAUGGAUCAACUUGGUCUUGAUGUCGCUUUUGACUAUUAUCUCCCCACUGGGCUCAUCUAUGUUCGCCCCUGGAAUCCCUAGAAUCCUCACAGAAUUCAAAACCAACGAUUCUCUCAUCGCAACCUUCAUCACCUCGAUCUACUUCCUCGGCUUCGCCUUUGGACCUCUGGUGGUAGCGCCUUUGAGCGAGCUUUAUGGCCGUGUCUACAUUUACCAUAUCAGCAACGUCUUGUUCGUUUCUUUCUGCGUGGGUGCUGCUCUGAGCACCAGCAUCGAUAUGCUCCUGGCAUUUCGCUUCUUGAUGGGUUUUGUGGGCUCAGUUCCCACAACAAUCGGUGUCGGAAGCAUCGUCGAUGUCAUGCCGAUUGAGAAACGCGGACGCUCAAUCUCACUCUGGGCAAUUGGUCCUCUCCUGGGCCCUUCCAUAGGGCCUGUCGCGGGAGGAUAUUUGAUUCAGGCUGCCGGCUGGCGCUGGGUCUAUUGGCUACUUGCGAUCUUGUCAAAGGGCGGUGUUUGCAGCAUUCUGGCGCUGUUGAUUAUGCGUGAAACCUACGCCCCGGUUCUACUAGAGCGCAAGGCCCGACGCCUACGAAUGGAAACUGGGAACCACGCCCUGCGCACAAAGGCUGACCGAGAUGGAAAGAAACUGAUACAGAGAGCCGUGAUCCGGCCAUUCAAGUUUCUCUUCAUGACGCCAUUGGUGUCCAUUAUUGCCGCCUACGUCGGGAUAGCUUACGGAAUACUCUACCUGCUGAUCGCUACGUUCUCCUUUGUCUACACCGACCAGUAUCACUUUAGCGAAGGUGAUGCCGGCUUGGCGUUCCUCCCAGCUGGGCUUGGGAUGAUGAUUGGUGUCUUGACUUUUGGCAAUGUACAAGAUUAUCUCGUCAAGAAGGCAAGAGAGGGGAUGAGGCCAGGCGAGAAGUAUAGGCCGGAAGUAAAGAUCACGCCUUGGUUGACGAUUCCGACCGGCCUAACAAUACCGGUUGGGCUUUUCAUCUAUGGCUGGACGACAGAGAACAAGAUCCACUGGAUUAUUCCCAUGAUAGGCGUUGUUAUCCUGUCUGGUGGACUCACUGGAGUUACAAUGUGUGUCCAAAAUUACCAAAUUGAUUCGUACGAGAGAUAUGCAGCGUCAGGUUCAGCAGCUGUCACACUAUCCCGAUCUCUGAUUGGCGCUUUGAUGCCCCUUGGGGGAUUGAAAAUGUAUGAAGCCCUGGGUUUGGGAUGGGGAAACAGUCUCCUGGGCUUCAUGUCCUUGGCACUGGUGCCGGUACCUGUUGGUCUGUUUCUAUACGGGGGCAUGAUUCGGAAGAGGUUCGAUCCCGUGCUGUGA